AUGUCAAUCGAAAUCGUCCCGCUGGCUCAGACCGACAUACCUGGGGCUGUAGACUGUGUGCAGAAAGCGUUCGCCGAUGAUCCCUAUUUUCGCUGGGCAUUUGAUGAUCCAUCCAAGUUUAACAUCCAACGAAACGCAGCUUCCCUCGCUGCUCAUCUCCAAUAUGGUAUCAACUGCGGCUGCCCCAUUUCCGUCGCCAAGAUAACUCGUGCCGCAAAUGAAAGCAAGAGCGACGGAGAUAUCCGCCUGCCGGCGGGUACUGUGGUCGGCGUUGCCUGGUGGUACUCGCCACAAGCAUCUUCCAUGACUCAGACCUGGUCUGUUUGGGCACAGGACUGGCUUCUUUCCUUCCGCCAGCUCAUAAACAAUAUCCGCUUCCUUGGUCGCGGUGGUCUGAAUGUGCACCGGUAUUGGAUUUGGAAGCAAGUGCAGCAAACUGCGCAUGAUACCAUCUGGCAGGACCCCCGUGGGUACUAUUUUUGCAAUGUUGUCUGUGUUGAUUCAGAGGCGCGUGGUAUGGGAGUCGGAAAGAAGCUUAUGGAGAAUGUCAUGGAGAAGGCCGAUCGGGAGAAUAUGCCAUGCUAUCUCGAGAGCUCUAAGGGGUAUCCAAACGUGGGUAUUUAUGAAAGAAUGGGCUUUGAAUUGGUCAAGGAGAUUGAAUGCGUGGAUGGAGGGGACGUUUGCAAGUUAUAUUGCAUGAUACGCAACCCCAAGUCCAAAGAAUAA